GGGUGAGAGACGGGCAGAAGGAGGAGACAAUUGGGUCAGAGGGGGAGAGAAAUGGGACAGGAGGGGUGUUUUUUUUUCUCCAAUGCUUUCUCCAUAGAUUUACUGGUUCCUAAUGGUAUCUAUUAUUGCAACAUACUGUGUAAAAUGUAGCAGAGACCUAAAAUGUUUUAUAAACAAUGAAGGAUAAAUUAUUAAACAAGUUAUUAAGUAAAGGAAAAAACACACUGGAGCAACAUAACAUCAAUAAUAGUUGAUCGACCAUGGCUGUUGCUUACUCUGGAAUUCAUCUAAAGCUAAAAAGUCCCAAAACCCCAUGGCAAGACAAACUCAAGCUGGCUCGAUUUGCCUGGAUUUCACAACAGUGCUUUAUACCCAACAAAGAACAGGUUUUACUGGACUGGGUGAGCCACACGUUGACUGGAUAUCACAGCAAGAAGUUGGUGUUCGGUGAUGAGAUUGUGGCCGGACUGUGGACUUACUUGGAUGAUAUUCUUCACAGCGUUAAGCUCCAAAAGCUGAUCAAGGAGGGGAGGGUUGUUAACCUCCGCUUUACAGUUGCUCAGACGAUCAAUGACAUUAUAUCUGAGUGUUCCUCUGAAGAGCCACCGGGUGAAUGUGCAGCAUAUCUGGCGAGGGUGCUGAGCUGCUGCCAAAGCAUCCUCUCCUCUCCAGCCCUUUGCAUCAUUUACACCACCAAGUGGGAACAACUAGUGGAUUUACUGGGAAAACUCUCCUUACUGGUCUGCUCCAGACUGAAGUCUUCAAACGCACUGUGCUCAACACAGCUCCUUAAUGUCCUGCUGCUGACAAUACAUCACUAUCUUGUGGUCCAGAGGCAACAGCAUAAUCAAACCAGGGUAUUCACCCAGGUCUCGGCCCACCUGCUGCAGCCGUGCCUUUUACUGAGGCACCUGCUGACGGUCAAAUCCUGGGCAGGUGAAGAGGAUGGGGCAGCACGGCAUCGCCUGAGCAAAGAUAUCAGAAACAAGAUAGAGGAGUUUCUUCUGGCUGGGCUUUUCCACCAGGAUCACCUGAACUCCUACCCAGAGGAGCUCCUCCAAAGGGACGGUGCGGAUGGGAAAAAGAAAAACGCUGUUAAGUUAUGGCUGUUGCCCGUCAAGGAGAUGCUGGAUAGAUUGGGAGACUCUGAGUUCUUCAGGCCCGAUUCCCACAUCGCUGUGGUGGGCAGCUCAGUGCCUCUGCUUUACAAACUCUUUCUCGAAUCCUACUGCAAAGAUGAAAAUCGACUGCUUUGCUUCCACAUGCUCGCUCGCUUAUUCCACUCCUUCGCACUGCCACACGUAAGCCCUGCAGCGGGUGAGAAUCUCCUGCCCGUGACCCCGGCCUCGGCAUUGCUGGCAUUGGAUCAGCUGCUGACCUCUGCAUUUGCCAAUGACAUCUACAACAUUGCAGUGGAUAAAAUCCAGAACCAUGAGGUGCAGUUUGCCUUCUACAGCAGGGUAGCCGAGACAUUGCUAAGUGAACCCCAGCCGACCAUCCCAGCCUGGUUCAGGUGUCUGAAGACCUUGGUCUUGUUGAACCAUUUGAUCGUGGAGCCCAGGCUAGGGGACUUGGUGUCGUUGGCGUGGAUCAACACUAACAUAACUGAUCCACAGAAGCGGAAGGCUCAGGACAUGCUGCUGGGCACCUUGCUGCAGACCUACGCCAAGCUCCGGCAGCUGCCCCGGCUCUUCCAUGAAGUGCUGGACGCGAUCUGCCGGCCUGUCACUGAGCUGAGGCAGCCUGUCCUCUCCACCGUGCUAACCACCAAGCUGAGGGAGUGCUUAGCUGACCUGCCACCCAGUCAGGUCCUGGACAUUUGGGACAUGAUCCUGAAGAAGUGCCAUGAUCACUUGAUUCCAGACCUGGAAGGGAACUUUGACUUGGCAGAGAAGAUGUUUGCGGUGAGUGUCCUGCUGCACUCCAUUCUCUUCAACAUGAGGAGCCUCGACAGCAAAACGCCAGUCCCGAUCAGGCGGCGCACAGAGCAGUUAAUGCAGGAGAUGCCCCAAACAGUAGUGCUGCCGCUCCUGAACAUGGUUAAAGAUCAUGGUGAAAGCUCAUCUCCCUGGGCUGCCAGUGUGAGCGGUGCCGGCCUGCUCCUCGCCUACACCUGGGUGGAGGUUAACACCAUGCUCCAGCUGAACUGCCCCUCCUACGUCUCUCCAGAAAGCCAGGCCGGUAAACUGGCAGAGGGCCAGGCGAUGAAGGAGGGGGAUUUUCAUUGUCUGCUGGCUGAAUUAGACUCCAACGCUUGGUUGCGGAUUGUCCAGGUCUCCAGGAAGAACAGCCGACUAAACCAGCACUUCCUGGAGUUGCUUUCCCUUCAGAAAAUGAAAAAGAUUAUCAUGCAGCGCGGUGAGCGGAGCGAGGAGGACAACACUUCCUUGAGAUCGGCAGCGGCUUUCGUUGUGCUGUCAGGGAAAAGCACCAGUCCGAGCGGCCGUGCACAAGUGUGGGACGGGGAGCUGAGCACACUGAGUGAGGAGACCCGCGAGGUCGCACACUGGUACCUGGUCACCUCCAACCUCUUCCUUCUCUUUCCCUACCUCUCUCAAGAGGACACGAGGCACAUAGCGGAUGUGGUUCUGGGCAGCCUGCUGCGGGAAGAUCUCCUAGGGUCAGGUCGGGACUCGCUGACCGUUCCCGCCAUCUCCGACAGUUUGCUCCGCAGCCCUCUUCUCCCUGAAAUGCCAGCACUGCAUUCCGCUUUCAUUUCCGGUCUGACUGAGAGAAUCGGGGAGCUGGUGGCCAGUUCAGGGAACAUUGCGGCCGCACAGCUCCUGCGGGGCCUAGCAGACCCCAAUAUUCCCUGGCACGAGGACUUCUUUGUCAGGAGCCGGAAGGACAGGGUUCCGAAGACCCAAUUGCAGGAGCCACAGGAAGACGCCAAUUCUCCUCAGAAACUGGUCGAAGCUCUCGCUGAGAGCAUCCUGUCGCAAGCAAAAUCCUCCUCCCCUCUCGCGCUGUCAGAGCAGCAGCGGCAGGAGCUCCUGUGUGCGCUGGAUCAGCUCUUAGCUCUGCAACUGGACGCCCUGCGCUCUGCCGAUCACAUCCGCUGUUUCCUUCUGCUGUUCACUCUGGCUACCAGGCUCCGACCCUGCUCUGACCAGAGCCAUGCUGUCGGACCCCUUCAGCUACUGAACAAGUGCUACUACCUGCUGACUGUCCUGCAGACAGGCAGAAACUGUAACUCUGUGUUCAGAGUGCUGCACGCCAGUGACCUGUUGGAAGCCAUCGUAGCCUCCUUGCUUUCAGUCAGCGCGGAGUUAGGUGCUGAGCGAGAGACUCCGGCUGGGUUGGAGUUUCUUGGCACCUUCCAAACGUUCUUAGCUGGGUUCCUUCAGGUGAUCAUUGACAGGAAGCAGAGCAUGUGUCUGAACUUGGAACGGUUUAUCCAUUUCCUCGCCAGCUUCAAGGCGGUUUUCAGUGAAGAAACCAAAGAGAGCGGGAAGCCAGGGCCGGAGCAGCUCCUCCUGCUGGCUCUGUCCGUGCUGGCCCGAGUCCUCAUCACUUCUUUACAGCAGUCGGAGAGGAACCAGUAUGCAAGCAAAGCCCUCCUCGCCCUGCUCGGCCAAGUCACCGGACUCAUGGCUCCGGUCCUUCAGGCUCACCUCAUCGCCAGCAGUGGGUUGGAUCCAGCGUUCUACAUUUUGUCCGUCACUGUCCUGCUGGAAGCGGAGCUGUGCCUGAGGACUGACAGCAGCCUGGAGCAAGGAGACAAGACAGGCAGCGAGGAAGUGAAGGCACCAGAUCAGGUGGAGCUGCAAUACCCACAACUGUACCAGAGCACGUGCUCGAGAGUCCUUGAGGAGCUCCUCUCUUGCGGGGACGACCUGGAAAGUCUGAGGAAAAGGCUGGACUUUUUGGGGGUGUUUUCUUCAGCCUUGGAGCUGUGCAGUGAUGCCGGCUUCGAGAAUGGUGUUCUCCCGGUGCUCAGCGCUGUGAAGAGUCUGCUGGCAGCUCCAUGGAUGACAGUUCAGUGGGUGCAGUCACUGGAACCUCAGCUCAUCGAGAUCCUGACGCAUUUGGCAGAAAGGUGCACUGGUGAGCGCUCCUACGUAAUGGCAAGAGUGAUCACACAAGGAUUUGAAGUCGCUAACCUUUGGAAAGGUCAGCACACGGAUGUCCUGGCCGCCGUGACCCUGACCAGGCUCUUCUUGAGAUGUCGCCUUGACGAGGACCCACAAAAGGCUUUUUGGCUUGUUGCUCCACAGAUCAUCACAUCACUGCUUGUUCUAAGCAAGGAGGCAGCCCAGGAACCCUUAUUGACUUGUAAAAUUAUUUUGCCUGUAUUGGAGACGUUGGCAAUUCUGGUGAGGCGGGGAGAGGGCAGACUCCUAAACCCACAACACGUCCACCUUGCAUUUAACACCCUGUUAUGUGUACCGCUCGAACGUCUGAAACUGGAGGAUUACGAAAAGGUUUUUGAAGGAAUACAUGAAGUCCUGUUUUCUGUUUUAAAGUUUCAUCCUAAGGUAAUGCUAAAAGCAGCUCCCUCUUUCCUCAAUUGUUUUAACCGAUUAGUCAUUUCCAUCAUGCAUGAGGGUCGUCAAAAACCUGAUCGAGAGAAAGGAAGCUCAACUGAAAAUGAAGCUAUCCUGCGAUGUGCACUCUUAGUGCGGAGAAUGUACACUCACAUUGCUUCAGUGACUAAAGAAUUCACCCAGUUCUCUCCUUUCAUCGUGGCGCAGUACAUCAAUGAACUACAAAAGGUCACCCUGCAUCCAGAUGUGAAAAGACACUUGACAGAAGGACUCUAUGAAGUUCUAGAUCUUUGUGUAGAUUAUGACAUACAUUUUAUUAACAUGUCACUGCAGAUGGGUGUGAGGGAGGUCUUCAAGGCGCUGUAUAGCAACUAUGUACGUUAUCACAAAACCAAAAGGCAAGGAGAGGAAAAGUACACUGCAUAAACUGCGAAGAACAAGUUCUUAUCCCAGCUUUCAGUAUACAAGGAAAGAAUCUACUGUACUGAAUUAGAUAAUGUGGGCUUUAUAAGGAAACACUGACAUCUUUAACAGUGGACACAGGAACCACUAAUACGCUAUGGAUCCCUACUGCUGCCUGUGGAUGAAAUCAGCUAACUCAGAGUUCAAACUCUGCUGGUCAUCAUGUCUUAUUUGUACAUUAGCAGUGUAUUUCCCAACUGAGUACCUCUCACCGUGCUAAUUUAUUAAUACAGUUAAUAGUACUUUGUAAUGAUGCACCAAUUUAGAUGUUUUUUUCGAGGAAAAUUUGCCAACUGAGAUUCGUUAUGAAAAUAUUCAAAUCAACAUGAAGUGGAUAUUAUGGUUAAAUAUCUCAUUGGUGCCAUCAUUUGAGGAAGGCAUCAAAAAGUGCUUCCAUAUAUAAGGUAAAGGGUCUAAACCCCCGCAGGAGAGAAGAGAAAGUUGGCAAGAUUAUAUAAACAAAAUGUGUUUACAGGCAGAACCAAAUAUAAAGUUAGCCAGUUAUAAUAAUCCUUGCAUUUGAUAUCAUAUUGUCAAAACAGCUCAAAAAUGCUUUACGGGAUUUAAGUGUGGUCUAUAUUUGUGGGGAAAAAGUAUUACACCUCCAAGUGCAUUGAUAACCAUAUUACUAUUGAAUAAAAGCGGUGCUUUAUAUUUACUAAGGACAUUAGUGCCCUCCAUAUUGGUAAUGAGAUGAUACAGACUGAGUUCAGAGACUGCUCUUCCUGUUUAGCUGCUCCUUUCACUGCAGUUUAUAUUGCUUUUGUUGAGCUGAGCUGGUUGUGUGCCACUAAAAUGUUUCUCUGCACUAAACUAUUUGUUUAUUUCCCCCACACCCUUCUGGCGUACCGUUCCAGGAAUUCUCUGCAAUUUCAAGCAAUGAGGCAUUCUUCAUGUUUGACCAACCCUAAACAGUUAGUUUUCAUUUGAGAUUUGACUGGGGGAGACUUUAUCAUGAAAUGCACAGAUGCAUUUUUCAUCAAGAUAAUCCAUAGUAAGAAUUCUCCCUCAUUCCUUACCCCUUUUCUGAGUCCAUGCAUGCUAAAUAGAAUGACAACACCCUAACUGAUGUUGUUUUACAUUGGUUAACUCAUCAAACCCAAGUGCAAAGCUGUUUCACUGAGCUAUGGGCUUUGGCUUCAUAGGCAGGAACCAGCAGAUAUUGCCAAAAUAUAUUUUUAAAUUCAGCUACAGUCAGUUCAGUGUCCUUUUAUAUUAGUCAUUGCAACUGAAACUCAGAAUCAGAUGAUACUGUAUGCGUUUUUAUAGUUUUGAUUCUGGCUGUAUCAUUUGCCCAAAAUAUACUUAGAAGUGCCUUUAUUUUCUGCAUAUUUACUUGUGUUUCUAAAAUGCUGUAUUCUGCAUAGAAGGCAGCAUCUCCAUAUCGGUUAACCUCAUUGUCUAUUUUCAAUUAAGUCAUGAAAAGAGAAAUUCCUGUAUGUGCAGGUAACAUUUUCUGAUGCUGGGUUUAAUCUGAUAUAUAUAUAUUUUUUUAAAUAUUAUAUAUUUCUUUGCAUUUUGUAAACAACUCAAAAUGGUUUCUGAUCUUUAAUAAACAUGUU